AUGUUUUCAACGGCAGUAAUCAAUUUUAUUCUUAUUCUUGCCUGUGUUAAUUAUUCUUAUGAAUUGAAGUUUCGCGAUGGUUACUCAUCACAUCAGAAACGAUCAGUUCAGGAGAAAUUGGAAGCAUUGGGAGGACAUUUGCAACGUAAAGUCGGCCAAGAUCUCGAUGACAUCGAAGCCGAAGUAAAAGCCGAAGAAGAUUCAACUAAGGAGCUUCUCAAGGGUAUUUCUGAAAGUAUAAAAAGAUAUGCUGAUGAACUGGCCAAUGCCGGUCAAGAUGCAUCAUGUGCCGAUAGUUGGAGGUCAAUUCAACGUGACUUACACAAGGGUCUCGAGCGUAUCAUUAAAUCUUACGAUAGGUACAUCGAUCUGCAUCGAGAAACAUGUCAAUACGUUGAAAAUUAUGCAAAGGAUACGAUUAACAAAUACAAGGAAGAAUUAUAUGCGCUUGAUCAAAUAUCAGCACCCAGUGGUUACGAUCUUGGGAGCAGUGACUGGCAAUCGUUCUUUACUAGAGUUCCGUCGAUGGUUAAAUAUGCUGAUUGUCAUUGUAAAUCUAUUCUGACAGCUGCUGAUUGUGGAAGAGAUUUAAUAUCAAACGGCGUUCAAUAUCGAAAAGUUAUUCUGCAAUCUCCACCAGCUCCUCAAUCAAGGGUUAUACAGGUUGUUUCAUCAUCUGCUUUACGAGCUAAUCCUGAACCUUGGACAAUUCCUUGCGGCGAAGAUAGCGCAUAUAACGGCUAUCGCGCGUGUUCAAAUGCCAUCUCCGAUUAUACACUGAAAGCAGCAUAUGAUGCGUGUGGAGGAUGCGCACCACCAACAGCUCUUUAUUAA